AAAGGCCAAGCACACUUCCACGGCACUUCAUAAAUAUAGUGUGGGCUUCCUGUGGUUGGUCAGCGGAAUCACAAAAUGGCGGACGAAGGAAGUGGAAGUUCAUGCACCUUCAUGAAUUUCUUGGUUUUUCAAGGGUUUUCAUCGUCCAUAGUAAGAGGAAUUUCAUUCCGUCUUCAUGUGUAAUCUUAGCAAUYCCGCUCACAUCAAAGAAUAAGAUGGCGUACGAAGAAGACUCUGUAAGAUGGCAAAAGAUUUCUAGUCGUCUAGUCAAUUUGAGAAAGACUGACAACGACGAGUUCUUCACUAAUAUCAAUGUUAUAUUAGAUGAACUUAACUCUUUGGAUUAUUCUUCUCGCAUUGUAUCUGAAAACGAGAAUGCUCUUCAAGUUUUAACUAAAUGUUGCAGUCUCAUUCCUGGCAAUGGUACCAACGAUUUACUGGCAACAAAAUUAUGUCAGCUCAUAGUAAAUCUUCUUUCCAGACAGAAGGUGAUUGUAAAUCAAACAGUUUGUGAUUCYUUACUUGAAUUUCUGACUGGAUCUAUCCAAUGCUGUCAAAAAUGGGCAUUAAUAAAUCACCUUCAGGCACUGGAUGCUGUCUUCUUUGAGAAUGGUGCUCAGUGUAUCAAGUUUGCUGAUAAGCUUCUUGCACCAUCUCCAGAAGGUUUACUGACUGGUCUAAUAAAUGGGGCAGGCUGGGACAUUGAAGUCAGAAUCAAAGCUGUUAUUUGUGUUGGAAACAUUUGCAAUAAGUAUGUGACUGGAAUCCAGUGUACAAUUGUAUUAUAAUGACUGAUUUUACUGCUCUAAAGUUGGUGUACAAUAGUUGUUUGGGAACCCUGUGUGUUUUAAAUUGAGAUUAGGUUAGAGGAGUAUGUAGUUUUGCAGUAACAAUUGUAAAACUCGUAUAUGAUAUUGGAUUAGGAAUUUUAUAUAUUACAAAAUGAGUCAAAGGGAAGUGUAGAGUAUGUUCUAAAGUUGUUCUAAAAUAUUGAUUGAGUGAAUUUUGGGAGCCAUACAGUAUAUUAUAAAUUGAGACUGGACAUGGAGAGACUAGGAGAGUAUGUACUAUGUGAUAUUAAUAAUAAUCACAUUACUAUUACAAGCCCUCUUUAAUGUGUCUGAGAAGGGUAACAAUACAGUGUAUGUUUAUGUUGUAGUUUAGGUUCAAUAUAUUUUUGAACCAGUUUAAUGUAAAGAGUAGAAAUUACAAAGAGUAGAAAUUACGKCACCAUAAGCAGCCAAUAAACGAAGAGCAUGUACCUUUGUGGCUCAAACASUUAA